UCAAGGGCGUUGCGCGAAGAAGCCUGCGCGCACGCGCGCGUGGGGGUGACGCGACGCGCCUGCGCGGUGAGCGAAAGUGACGGUGCUGUUUUGAAGGAGUAAAAAAAAAAAAUCCUCGGGCGGCCGGUGCUUUCUUCCCUUCAGGCCGGGCGCGUCGUUGCGGGGUUCUCUCUCGUCAGGCCGUCGGCAUGAGCUACGACCGGGCUAUCACCGUUUUCUCCCCAGACGGGCACCUCUUCCAAGUCGAGUACGCCCAGGAGGCCGUGAAAAAAGGCUCCACCGCGGUUGGCGUACGAGGAAAAGACAUUGUGGUUCUUGGUGUAGAGAAGAAAUCUGUGGCAAAACUUCAGGAUGAAAGAACUGUCCGAAAGAUCUGUGCCCUUGAUGACAAUGUCUGUAUGGCAUUUGCAGGGCUGACAGCAGAUGCUAGAAUAGUUAUAAACAGAGCACGCGUGGAGUGUCAAAGCCACAGACUUACAGUAGAGGAUCCUGUUACUGUGGAAUAUAUUACACGUUAUAUUGCUAGCCUGAAGCAGCGCUAUACCCAAAGUAAUGGUCGCCGACCUUUUGGUAUUUCUGCCCUCAUUGUGGGAUUUGAUUUUGAUGGAACUCCACGGCUGUAUCAGACUGACCCUUCUGGCACGUAUCAUGCAUGGAAGGCUAAUGCAAUUGGCAGAGGAGCAAAGUCAGUGCGUGAAUUUUUGGAAAAAAAUUACACUGAUGAAGCCAUUGAGACAGAUGAUCUUACCAUUAAACUUGUUAUCAAAGCCCUUCUUGAAGUUGUACAAUCCGGUGGGAAAAAUAUUGAGCUGGCAGUUAUGAGACGAAACCAACCUCUUAAGAUCUUGAGUCCUGAUGAAAUUGAAAAGUAUGUUGCUGAAAUUGAAAAGGAGAAGGAGGAAAAUGAGAAGAAGAAACAAAAGAAAACAACUUCAUGAUGAAUGAAAUUUCAUUGGCAAGAUUGAGUUUUUAGAUCAGUCAUGAGUUCUGUAUAGACAUGAAGGCAUUCCAUUCUCCUGUUCUGUGCACCUUUUCAAGAGGCCUACAAUAAACUGCCUGCGUUUUUUAAAAAAACCUU